GCCGGCUCGGCACCCAUUGGGGCGAGAUUCCGAACGGCACCAUACCCAAAGAGUGACAAGCUAAGUUAGCAUGACCUUAGCGCUCUACAAAACUUGCGGGUUAAUUUUCCUACCAAAGAUGCCUGUUUAUGGGGAACGUUGCAUUGUAUUGCGUCCUCCCCGUCAUUGUGCAUAUCCCUGUUGAUAGCGAAAGCACAGCUCGGUAGUCUUUGCGACGAAGCAUUCUGGAUUUAAAGUUGUCUCACUUCCCCAGGGUUUGACGACUCAGCGACAAGCGACAAGCGACAAGUAUAGAUAAGAGACAAGACAAUUGCGCUACAUAAUGACGAGCCUACGAAACGCUGUGUUCUUCGCCAUGGCGGGUGGUGCCUUGGCGAUGCCUCGCGGCACUGAUGCUUCCAAUCCAAGCUGGUACAAGUACGUAAGGUCUCCAGCCUCGAGCACCGUUGUUCCGGCGAGAAUUGUUGCUGGCCAGACAAAGGGCAAUGUGGCCAACGCCGACGGUCUUAUUACGGGCAAAGGACCUACGGUGCUGAACCGGCCUUCGAAGAGCGAUCCUGCGCCGUCAAUUGUGGUGGACUUUGGCCAAAAUGUGGUUGGAUUGCUUGGUAUUUCUUUUGCAGGUUCUAAGAACGGAACGGAUGCCCUUCCUGGAUUGAAGCUGGCAUUUUCAGAAUCCAUGCAGUUUCUGGGCGACUCGAGUGACUUUACCAGGUCCUAUAAUGCCGGCGGUGACCAGAAAAUCACCGACGGUACCGAUCAUAUCGCUGUUGCUAAUGCACCGUAUCAGUGGAGGGACCAUUUUGGAUGCGCCCAUGACGGAAAGGUCUGCUCAGAUGGACUUCAUGGUUUUCGCUACGUCCGCAUCACGCUCGAUGCAAUUGACAAGGACGCGCCGUAUACAUCCGCAGCUGGCUCUGUAUCUAUUGCAUCUGUGGAUCUAGAAUGGUCAGGAUACCUGGGAACGCCGGACACUUUUACUGGCUGGUUCGAAUGCUCUGAUAAAGACCUUACCCAGUGGUGGUAUGAUGGUGUCUAUACCGUCGAUAUGGGAACCGAUUUGUUCCUCGCCAAUGAGACGGAGCCCCGAGGAGCAUCCAGUCCGACACUGGAAGGCAAACAGGUCCUAUUUGAUGGUGCUAAAAGAGACCGUGAUCCAUAUGUUGGUGACCUUGCUGUUGCAUCACUAACUUCGUACUUAUCUCACGCCUUUUCCGAGUCGACUCGCAACGUGCUGGAAGAUUUGGCGUUGCACCAACGCAGUGAUGGCUGGAUCCCACCCGCUAGCAUCAAUUCUUAUACUCUGCCACUUUUUGACUACCCUCUUUGGUGGGUAGUUUGCAGCGUCGACUACGUUCUUUAUACCGGCGACAAGGAUUACGCUGCAAAGCAUUGGGGUGUGCUAACCAAGGCUCUUGAUGGCUACUACACCCAAUACAUCAGCAAGGAUACUGGACUGCUCGUAAAAGCAGGCUCCAUGGGCUAUGGUGACUAUGCUUUCCUUCCCAGGUCCGGCCCUAUUACCUACUACAAUGCUCUGUACAUCCACGCAUUGAGAUAUGCUGCCGACCUCUCAAAGUCUCUCAACAUGGAUGCAUCAAUAUCUGAAAAGUGGCAAGCCCGUGCUCAGUCAUUAUCUGACGCUCUCCAGAAACACAAUCUCGACUCUUCCGUCGGUGCCUUCUACGAUGGCGGCCCUUGCCCUGGUCAGCCAGAGGGAACGUACUGCAACGUACAUGCUCAGGAUGGCAAUUCGAUUGCAAUUCUAGCCGGUGUCACCAAUGCAGCGGCGUCACAGAAAAUCCUCGACUACUGGAACAAGGCGGCCAAGCAACCGUACGGCAACGCCUUUUACGACAGCACGGUGCUGAGCCCCGGCGACCACUUCUCGGAGCGUGUGUAUGCGUUCAUCUCCUAUUUUGAGCUGGCAGCACGCAUGUCGACCAAGGAUCGUGCCGAGUCUGGCUUUGAAGAGCUGCGUAGGCUGUACGGCUGGAUGGCGUCUCACGACCCCCAGAUUACCAUGUGGGAGGGCAUUGGACCAGGAGGCAGUCUCUACGAGGGAGGGUUCACUUCGCUCGCCCACGGCUGGUCCACCGGCGUUGUCCCCAUCCUCAGCAACUUCGUCCUCGGUGUCAAGCCUCUGGCUCCUGGAUUUAGCGAGUGGCAAGUCUGCCCGAUAGUCGAUGCAGGCGGCUUGACUUGGGCCAAGGGGCGCGUACCAACUCCCAACGGCGGCAUUGAUGUGUCAUGGAAUAAGAAUAGCAGCAGAUCUGCCAUUGCCUUUACCAUGACCAUUACGGCACCCAAGGGAACCAAGGGCAAAGUGUGCGUGCCGACCUUUGGCAAGAAGCAGUCGGACGUACGCGUCAACGGCAAGAAGAUUGAGGGCUCUGGAAUCGUAGCUGUUAUCUUGGAUGGAGGAUCUCCACAUGUGAUUUCUGUUGCUUCCUCUUGAACACACAGAUCUUUUAACAACACUAUUCUAGUAGCUAUAAGCCGGCUCAGUUCCCAUUCUGUAUCCAUUGUUGCAAACAGUACAUACAUGUAAAUAGCAGGCAACCUCUUCAGAUUCUCACAAUUAACGAAAUUUUAAUUAAAAUAAAGAUAUAAAUAAAUCUUUCACCUCGAUUUCGCCAUGUAGCACUUUUCACCCGACAAAUAUGGCCAAUCCGCCGCUAGCGCUCAAUAAAGAUUAGUUUUGUUUGUUCCGGCGCCGGCG